AUGACUCGACAUCAACGUUUAGAAUUCCUCAUCGUCAAAAUCAUGCUAGCGGGUUUGUUCUUUCUCGGGUUAGUAUUCCAUACUUCAUAUUGCCAGUUGACGAUAACGGAUGUCAACGUAAUCAAGGGCGCAAUUAGACAGGCCAUUGACGCGCGUGCUCCUGACGGAUUUCGUCCACUUCUAGCAGGAGCCGUAAGGUUAGCGUUCCACGACUGCGUCGGUGGGUGCGACGGCUGUAUCAAUCACAACAAUGCCGAUAAUGCAGGGUUGAAAGUCUACAGUGAUCAGCUGGAUGCGAUCUACACAAACUAUUCAAACAAAUUAUCAAGGGCUGACUUUUACGCACUGGCUGGUAUUACAGCUGUGGAACGUGGUGCAGAGUUAGCAGGAUGCCCUCCAGGUGAACGCCAGUGUUCUCCACAAAUUACGUUCAGGUACGGGCGCGUUGAUUGCCCGACGUCUCCGAACACAAACAUCGUCCAAGCAUUUCCGGAUGCACAUCGGGGUGUUGGAGAUCAAGUGUCGUUCUUUAGUCGAGAGUUCGAAUUCACGGAACGAGAGACGAUUGCUAUAGUAGGUGCCCACACCCUUGGUCGAGCACAUACUGGCGCUUCUGGAUUUGACGGCCGAUGGGUGUCCAAUCCAGAUGCUCUUGACCAUACGUUCUAUCGUUUUAUGAUGGAGGGUGACAGAUUGUGGGCCCAAGUCGACAACACACCAGGAGGAACAUCUAGGCGUUAUCAGUGGGAAGCAAACGCUGGGCUAGAUGACGUUAUGAUGUUAAAUGCUGAUAUUGGAAUGUUCCUCGACAUUCAACCCGAUGCGGAGGGUGUCGCAUCGUGCGGGUAUUUUGACUGCCCUCUAUCAUCCACCGAGGGAAUAGUAGCAGAAUAUGCUCAAAGUAACCCUGUGUGGAUUGCUGAUUUUGGUGCUGCAUUCAACAAGAUGAUCGAAAACAAACAAAAUGCACUUGUUGAGCCAAGUGCUGUUCUUUUCAUGUAAAUUGCGAUUGAUUGUAAACCCGGUGCUGUAAAUGGACUUAAAGUAGCUUACAAAGCGCGCUCAUCCAAAUAUCCAUAUUACAUUUUAAUAUGAAAAAUAUAUUAUAACAUUCUGACAUUUCAAAUUGUUUU